AUGCCUGAGACAUACUCGUUGACCUUUAUAGCGCAUGGUCCAGCUUUAUCCAAUGAGGAACAGCAGCAGAUAGAAAAGUUUGUCACUGUCACCGCCGACUUGCAGAUCCUCGGCAAAGAGGAGCUCUCGAAAAAUAGAGUUAUCGACUUUCAAGUUAAGACAGCCACGCCAGACUUGAUCACCAAUUUGAUCAAGCACGAGAACGAAAAGCUUAAUCCACAAUAUGACACAUUCUUCCAGAAGACAUCUGAGAGGCAGGACAAGAAGUUGUUCGUCUUUGACAUGGACUCCACUUUGAUCUACCAGGAAGUGAUCGAGUUGAUCGCAGCUUACGCCAACAUCGAAGACAAGGUUGCUGAAAUCACCGAACGCGCCAUGAAUGGUGAGUUGGAUUUCAAUGACUCUUUGCGCGAGCGUGUCCUUCUUUUGAAAGGCAUAGACGCUACGACGCUAUGGGACGAACUCAAGCUCAAGCUCAAUAUCACCAAUGGUGCCAAGGAGCUCUGCAGGGCUUUGAAAAAGUUGGGUGUAGUGAUGGCUGUUUGCUCUGGUGGCUUCAUACCGUUGGCAUCUUUCAUAAAAGAACAGCUUGGGUUGAACUAUGCAUACGCCAACAACUUGGGUGUAGACGAUGAACAGAAGUUGAAUGGUACCACUUUCGGGCCCAUUGUCAAUGGAGACAUGAAGGCUCAGCUUUUAAAGGAAAUUGCAGAGAAACAUGACAUUGACCUCAAGUCCGCUGUGGCUGUUGGCGACGGAGCUAACGACUUGAAGAUGAUGAGCGUCGCUGGUUGGGGUGUGGCCUGGAAUGCCAAACCUAAGGUCCAGAAGGAAGCCCCUUCCUGCCUCAAUACCAAGUCUUUGCAAGACAUUUUAUACAUCAUGGGCCUCAAUGAUGAGGCCAUCAAGAAGCUUAUAGAGUAA